UUCGGAAGACACAAAUUUACCAAGUCGCUUGCCAAUUUUUCCAAUUUUAGCACUGAAGUUCACUGUAAAUCUGCACCAAAAUGUGCAACAACUGAGAAAAUCCUUAAAAUAAAAAGUGAAAAGGCGAUAACAGGUGUGCAACGCGACUAUUUCUCGGGAAAAACGAGCAAAAUAUUUGUGCGGCUCAAUCGUACGUGCCGACCGAGCAGCGAAAAAACGCUGAAAAACCUUCUUUUUGACGUCGGAUCGUCGCAUUUUUGUGAGUUAUUUGGGGUUGAGAGCGAUUGGGAGCUGAAGACACGUCUCACAAAGCAGCAAAAUGAUGUUCACGGGGACAACACAACAGCAGGACACGCGAUUUAGCGACAAGGAAAAGAAACUCAUGAAGGAGAUGAAGUUCGGAGAUGCCCUGAGCAAACGCGUGGAUAUGUCAAAAGUGAAGUUGGAUGUGCUUCGACCGUGGAUCAGUCAGAAAAUUACCGACAUUCUGCACAUCGAGGACGACGUGAUUGUGGAGUUUGUGUACAAUUUGUUGGAGGAGGAAAAGUAUCCGUGCCCCAAAAAGAUGCAAAUUCACAUGACGGGCUUCUUGAAUGGCAAAAAUGCUCGCGUCUUUAUGGAUGAGUUGUGGGCUUUGCUGUUGUCGGCGCAAGAAAGUGACUCUGGGAUUCCCGCCGACUUCAUUUUACAGAAAAAAGAGGAGAUUCUGAAGCGCGAAGAGCAACGAGGGCGAUCCCGAAGUCGUCACAGAUCUGAUUCGCCGGAUCCGGCAAAGGAAUUUAUUCGACGGAAUCGCGAGCAACGAGCAGCAAACGAAAACAGAUCUCCAGUGAAGCGACGAGCAGCAUCUCCGGUACGACAACAGAGUCCCGUAAUCACGGAAAAUGGAAAUAAUGGGCACGACGCUGCCGCGCACGAAGGAAAAGAUCACAAAAAGGGAUCGGAGGAGAAACAGAGAGGCGACGACGAUCGCAAAAGAAGUCGUGAGAGAUCCAAAGACCGCCGAGAUCGACGUCGAUCGAGAUCCGAUGAGAGAAGGAGACGUUCUCGCAGCAGAAGUCGACGACGAUCGCCCGACAGAAGACGUCGUGGUGAUUCGCGAUCCCGCAAAGACGAUUCUCGUCGUCGCAGAGACAAUUCACGGAAACGCGACAACUCUCCGCCACGCGAUUCACGACGUCGCGGAGACUCCCGAAGACGUGAUGACUCCCGUCGACGUGACGAUUACCGAAAACGAGACGAUUCUCGUUCGAAAAACCGCAAACGCGAGUCAAGUCGUUCCGUUUCGCGGUCAAAAUCACGUUCGCCUGCCAAAGUUGACAUGAAUGGCAAAGAAAAAGAACGCAAAAUCUCGAGCAUUCAGUCAAAAUUGUUGGAACUAGCCGACUCGAAACCCGUUUCCACGGAAGAACCUUCGAAACGAGAUCCUUCGCCCGUAGUUGCUCAACCGCCAGUCGACGAGAAACCAGCACCGAAACAAAAGUCACGAUCGCGUUCGCGUAGUCGCAGUCGAUCUCGUUCCAAGCGUCGUCGUUCGUCAUCCAGUGACUCGAGUUCCUCCGGCGGAUCGGAUCGUGGGCGACGUCGUCGUUCAUCGAAACGUCGUUCGCCAGCAGACAAAAGACGCCAUUCCUCGAGUGACAGUUCCGACAGUUCACGCUCUCGUUCGCGAUCAAAGCGGAAAGAUGACGACUUUGAGAUCCACAAGAAGAAGGAUAGUGUGCAGAAAAAGCGGCAUUAUCGCGCGAAAAAUGACUCGGAGUCGGAGAGUGAAUCGGAUGGGCGUGACAGGAGGAAUCGCUCAGGUUCGCGAGGACGUUAUCGUUCAUCGCCUCGACGACGAUCAUCACGCGAUCGUUCACCGAGGUUCAGAAAUCGCGGUUAUCCAGCACGUCGUCGUUCCCCAAAUCGUCGUGACAACCGUCGUUGGAGCCCUCCGCGUCGCAAUUGGCGCGACAAUCGAGGCGGCGGUAGAUACGGACGUGAUGGAAGCCCGCCACGUCGAAUGGGACCUCCUCCGAAACGUGAUCGUCGCGACUCGUCACGCGAUCGUCGCUCCUACGAACGUCGUUCGAACCGCCGCAGCUCCAGCAGGGAAUACGUGAGACGCGAAACCAGCAAAGAAAGACGCAGUCGCGAGCGCUUGGAAGAAAAGUAUCUGGCAGUGCAGGAAAAGAAACGCUUGGAAGAAGAAGCGAAGCGACAAGUUGUUGUUUCGUCUCGUUCUCGCAGCCAAUCGGCGUCGGAAGCGGAUGUUGCGGCUCCCGUCGUUGCUGCCACAACUGUGUCAAAGAAACAAACGCGAGAGGAAAUCGUUGUGAGCAAACAGCCAAGGAAGCGACGCGAAGAACGACCUCGUUACAGACGAGACGAUUGGAGUCGAAGUCUUUCGCGAACACCAUCGCCAUUCUUGAAACCCUUUGAACUGACGACGACAACGGUAACCGAAGAGACUGUACAAGUAACCACGACGACUGACAAGGCAAAAACAGCUAAAAGUGCACGAAACAAGCAACCCGUCGAGCAAAAUUCCGACAACAGUGACAGCGAUUCCGACUCGGAAGACGAAAAAUCCCGUAAAAAACGCAAACAGCAACAACAAAAAACGAAAAAACAACGGAAAUCGUCGUCGAGUGAAAGUAGCGGCGACUCCGAACCUGAACCGACAAAACAAAAAGAAGUCGAGAAACCAAAACGAAAUCCCGAACCAGACGUGUCAAAAUCAUCCAAGCGAGACUUGACAAGCAAAAAACACAAACUCGAAGUUGUUGAAACCUCCAAAACUGCAGUUUCCAAGAAACCUGUUGCCGCUUCGGAGGAAUCUGAGACCGAAAGAGCUGCGAAACAACAACCGCAGAAGAAAAAGAAGAAGGCAGCAGCCUCCGACGAAAGUUCCAGCGAGUCCGAGCAAGAGACGAAAAAAGCGGCGAAAAAACAUAAAAAAGAGAAAAAAGCGAAAAAACUGAAGAAGAAACACAAGAAAAAGCAAAAGAAACACAAGAAACGAGCGGGAAGCAGUGACGAGGACUCUGACGAUGAUGCCGCCGCAGCAACGCAAGCGCCUGUCGUCAACGAGGAUCUCGAGCGCCAAUUGCGCGAACGUGCACUGAAAUCCAUGAAGAAACAACAAAGUAUUUCUGACUAAGCUUUCACACAUACAACAUUAUUUUUCUGGUUUUUUGGUCCCUCCCAUUUAUUAUUAGAAAUUUUUUGCAUGCAAACUGUUUUUGAUUUGAAAAUCUUUCCACUUUGUACUUUUGUAGACUUCGUAAAAAAUCAAAUUUUAUACAAAUCUCAAUUAAUUUGCACUGAAAAAAUAAUUAUCAUUGAUGAAAAACCGACAAAUAUUGUAAUAUUUGAAAAUUUUUUGACAGAAUAAAACUUUAGAUUUUAUUUUUUUGUUGUAUCGAAGGACAUUUUUUGUCACAUAUUCCUUAAUUCAGAUAAAAAUAAUAGGAUAUAAAAAUUA